GAUAAUAAUUAAGCAAGAAUAUUCAUUAGCAAAUAAGUCAGAAUGUUGGUAUUAUAUUAUGAAUUGUUAAUGGCUGCUGUGUGCAGUUCUUGCCUGUUUUUAUAUAAUCGACGUCGGAUAAUAAACCAAACAUUAUUGACUAUAAUAUUGACAGUGAUGUGUUAUACAAAAUUUUGUAUUUAUUUCUAAUAAAUGAUAAUUCUAUAUUCACGAUGUUGAAAUAUCACAAUAGUGUGGAUUAUAUAAGAAAUAAAAUGAUGCAUUUUUUGCUGGCGUAAAACGAAAUAUAAAUAUAAAAUGAAAAAAUGGCAGAUAUUUUAACUCCAUUUGUUUAUUGGGCUCAAACAGAGCAACAAAUUACUUUAAAGGUAGACUUGACUGAUACUUGGCGUGUUAAAGUUUCUAUGAAUGAGAACAAAUUAAAGGUUACUGUUUAUGGUCAAGGUGCUAGAGGUCUUAAUAAGUAUGGAUUUAGUUUGGAUUUACAUUCGUCCAUUAAUGUUGAGGAAAGUAAUUACAAAGUAACAGCUCGACAAGUUGAUUUUACGCUGGGAAAAAAAUGCCCUGCUUGGUGGCCAAGAUUAACUAGUCAACCACAGAAACCAUCUUGGUUGAAAAUCGAUUUUGAUAAAUGGACAAGCGAAGAUUUAGAUGAAAAUGAGGAUGAAAAACGAGACGUAUGCAGUGAUUAUCCCGAUAUGUAUGACAAACUUCAUAAAGAAGAGUUUGGUUAUAGGAAAGAAGAUUUCAAAAAGGUGUAUUUAAUUAUUUACAAUCUUUGCCAAUUUGUUGGUUUUAUCUAUGUUCUUACUGUAAUGGGAAUUAUGUAUUCACGAGAUGGGCCAGCUUCUAUGAAAGAAACAUACACAACUGUUGGAAAUGCAAUGAAGUUUAUACAACUUAUACAAUUUUUAGAAGUUAUGCAUUCAUUAUUUGGUUACACUAAAAGUAGUACACUUGUAACAUUUGUACAAGUAGGAGGCAGAGCCUUUAUUUUAUUUACUAUGAUUGAGGCUGAACCACGAAUGCAAACAAAACCGGUUAUUUUUUAUCUGUUCCUUGUGUGGAGUACAGUAGAAAUAUUUAGAUAUCCUUAUUACAUUACACAAUUACUUAAAAUAGAAAUUUCAUUUUUAACAUGGCUAAGAUAUACAAUAUGGAUGCCCUUAUAUCCAUUAGGUUUCCUUUGUGAAGGAAUUAUAAUAUUAAGAAAUAUUCCAUAUUUUGAGGAAACACAAAAAUUUACUGUUUCUUUACCAAAUUCUUGGAAUUUUGCAUUUCAUUUUCCAUCAUUUUUAAAGAUAUAUUUAUUGAUAUUUUGUUUACCCUUUAUGUACAUGCUAAUGUCUCGUAUGAAUCAUGCGCGUUACAAAAAGUUAGGCAAGUCUAAACUAAGAAAAAAGUAUGCGUGAUGUAAUACAUGGCAAGAUCAAGAAAUUAAAAAUAGAAAAUUUAAUUGAUGGUUCAAUUAUUGAAGGUAUAAUUUAUCCUAAAAUUAAAAUGAAAUGAAUAAAA